AUGCGGGUGCUGUGGGAGCCGAAGGGAUGGUGCGAGGCAGGGCACCACGCAGGCAGCUGCCCAGGGCUGGGGGAGCGGGGGGCGCACCCCCGGGAGCGCUCCCGCGAGGUGAGCCCUCGCCCUGCGUUGCAGCUCCUUGCGCGGAUCGAGCGCACGGAAAGGCGGGUGCAGCUGGUGAAGAAGGACAGCGAGCGGGAGAAGCACCGCAUCUUCCAGGGCUUCGAGGUAGACGAGAAGCCGGAGGCGGAGGCGUGCGAGAAGCUGCCGCUGGAGUGGGCCCCGGUGUGGGGCAAGGUUCCGCGCACCCAGCUCAGCUCCUCUUCCUCCCGCAGGAAGCCGACGUUUGGGAGCGCGGAGAGGAAGACGCCUGUUAAAAAACUGGUGUCCGAGUUCUCGAAAGUGAAGAGUAAAACUCCGAAGCACUCCCCGGGGAAGGAGGAAUCGGGCGGCUCCUUGUCCGAAACUGUUUGUAAACGAGAACUGCGGAGCCAAGAGACUCCAGAAAAACCCAGGUCGCUCCUGGAGACCCCGCUCCGAGCCUCGGCCCCGCCGAAGGGCCCCGGCGCCCACCCCAAGGAGAAGGGCUUCUUCAGCAGCGAGACAGACGACCUGCCCUAUCUCUCAACCACGGAAAUGUACUUGUGCCGCUGGCACCAGCCGCCCCCGUUGCCGCUGCCGUUGCGGGAGCCCUCCCCAAAGAAGGAGGAGACUGUAGCAAGUAAGAGAUGGAGAGCCCGCCGUGGCGCAGGCAGCAGCGUGCCAGGCAACCUGGACGACAGCAUCUUUUCGAAACGGCACGCGAAGCUGGAGCUGGAUGAGAAACGAAGGAAAAGGUGGGAGCAAAGAGGGCGAUGGGGGCCCGGGAUCCCCGGCAGAGCGGAUGGUCUGCGCCCCCUCCCGCAGGGAAGGGCCCCGGGGUGUCUCCGCGGGGCGGGGGACGGGACCUGGCCGCCCAGGGUGCAGCCGGCAGCUGGGAUGGGAACCUGA